AUGACAGACGAAAUUGCUAAUUUUACUGGUGUCAGUUGUCAAAAAUUUAAAUGUUCUGCUCGUGGUCUUUUAUUACCAUUUGGUAUUGAAGCAUGCAUGCCAAUAAAAUUACGAGCAGUAUUAUAUUUUAUUUUUUUACUAUAUCUUUUUCUUGGUAUUGCUAUUAUUGCCGAUAUAUUUAUGUCUUCAAUUGAAACUAUAACAUCAAAAAGACGAAAAAUACGUUAUCCUGAUCCAGGUGAAAAAGAUAAAUAUUUAACUGUUGAAGUUCGUACAUGGAAUGAUACUGUUGCUAAUUUAACAUUAAUGGCACUUGGUUCAAGUUCACCUGAAAUUCUUCUAUCAAUUAUUGAAAUAGUUGGAAAUCGUUUUGAAGCUGGAGAACUUGGUCCUGGAACUAUUGUUGGUUCAGCUGCUUAUAAUUUAUUAAUGAUUUCUGCGUUAUGUAUUUCUGCUAUUAAGGCUCCAGAAACAAGGAAAGUUAAAUUGUACAGUGUUUUUAUGAUCACAUCUUUCUUUGGAUUUUUUGCUUAUAUAUGGAUGUUCAUUGUCUUAUCGGUUAUAUCAAAAGAUGUUGUUGAUCUUUGGGAAGCUGUCAUUACAUUUCUCAUGUUUCCGUUGGUUGUCAUUUUAGCAUUUCUGGCUGAAAAAAAUUUCUUUGCUUCAAAGAAAAUUGACAUGGACGAAGAGGAACAAACACUCAUAUUAACACCACCAGAACGUGACGAAAAUGGUAGUCCACGUAAUUUUCGUAAAGAUGAACUUCUACAAUUCUUACGUGAUCUUGGUCAAACAACAAAUUUAUCAUUAGAAGAUAAAGCACAAUUAUUUGCAGCUAAAUUAAGUGAAAGUAUGCAUCGAUCACGUAUGCAAUAUCGUAUUCAAGGUGCUCGAAUGCUUACCGGUGGCAAAUCUUUAUUUCUUAAUUUGCCUGACAAACUACAAGAGAUCUAUUCUGAAGUACAUAAUCGUGAUUCACUGGUGGUUGAUCAACGAGCAUCAUUAGUAUCAAGAACAGGUGAUGAAGAUGAUACUAUUGAUCCUGAUGAUCAUCGAGCAUUAAUUGAAUUUUCUACAACAACAUAUGCUAUACUUGAACGUGAACAAAAAGUUAAUCUUAAAGUCAAACGAAGGGGUCCGAUUGAUGUCGAUGUUCGAUUCAGACUUGAUACAAUUGAUGGAACUGCAACAGCGGGUGAAGAUUAUGUUAAAUUAUCCGAAGAAUUUAAAAUGGAACGUGGUCAACAAGAAAAAAGAAUUACUAUUCAUGUUAUCGAUGAUAAUCAAUGGGAACCAGAUGAAACAUUUUUUGUUAAAUUAUCAUUACCAGAAGGUGAAGAAGUUCGUGCUAAAUUAGGUUCAAAAACGAUUGCACUUGUAACAAUUAUCAAUGAUGAUGAACCGGGUGUGAUUGAAUUCGAAGAACCUAUUACAUUAGUUAAAGAAAGUGUUGGUAAAGCUGAAAUAAAAUUAGUACGAGUCAAUGGUGCUGACGGUCGUGUCAGUGUACAUUAUCGAACAAAAGAUAUUGAUGCUGUUGCAACAAGAGAUUAUGAACCAUCUCAAAGUGAAAUUAUAUUUGAACAUGGUGAAAUAUCAAAAAUAAUUGCUAUACCAAUUAUAAAUGAUCUUGAAGCUGAAAAAGAUGAAAGUUUUGCUGUUGAAAUCUAUGAUCCAACUGGUGGUGCAACAAUAGGCAAACAUACAAAAACUGUUGUUACAAUUAUUAAUGAUGAUGAUUAUAAAACAAUGGCAAAUAAAAUGGCGUCACUUGUUCAAGUUGAUAUGGAUAAAUUAAGUGUAACAAAAACAUCUUGGGGUCAACAAUUUCAAGAUGCUAUGAAUGUUAAUGGUGGUGAUUUAGAAACAGCUAAAUUUGGUCAUUAUAUUGGUCAUGCACUUGCAUUUUUCUGGAAGGUACUUUUUGCUUUUGUACCACCAACAGCAAUGGCUGGUGGUUGGUUAACAUUUUUUGUUUCACUUUUCUUCAUUGCUCUUCUAACUGCUGUUGUUGGUGAUGUAGCGGCUAUAUUUGGUUGUUUAGUUGGAUUAAAAGAUAGUAUAACAGCUAUAUCAUUUGUUGCACUUGGUACAUCAUUACCUGAUACAUUUGCAUCAAUGAUUGCUGCGAAAAAUUCGAAAUCAGCUGAUGAUGCUAUUGGUAAUGUAACAGGAUCGAAUAGUGUCAAUGUUUUUCUCGGUCUUGGACUUCCAUGGCUUGUUGCAGCAAUCUAUUGGGAAUCAAAAAAUCUUCCAUUUACAGUCAAAGCUGGUGAUUUAUCAUUUAGUGUAUUAGUCUUCUCGGUUUGUUGCAUUCUUGGUAUGACUAUACUUAUACUACGACGAUUUUUGAGUGUAUUUGGCAAAGCAGAACUUGGUGGACCAACAAUACCUAAAUAUAUAUGUUCAAUAAUUUUUGUUUUUCUUUGGAUUGGAUAUUUAACAUUAUCAAGUCUUCAAGCAUAUGGAUAUAUUGCAUGGCAAAGUUAA